AUGAACAGCUGUGAAUUGUUGUCGGCAUUUAUAGUUGUGAAUAUUGAAAAAAGCAACAGGCAACGGGCUGACAAGGUGCCCCAAACGACGUUCUACUUCCCUGGUUCUCAGGGACCUUAUGUGGUACGUGAUUCGGAUCACUGUCAUUCUAGGACCGAGCACAAAUUUUUGCGCCAGCUGCAUCUGUGUGUGCAGGAAGUUGUUGCAUCAAAGUACGUACGGAACGAAAAGUUUUCAAACCGUUUUAUAAGUGCUCCACAUGUAGUCAUCCUACGGUAA